GCAACUACAGUACCCGAAUCCGACUCGAAAAGUCCGCCGCUUGACUUGAGGAAGUCGAAGUGGGUCCUCUCCAUAAUGGUGACUUGUUAACCCAUCCAUCACUCCAUCCAUCCAUCCAUCCAUCGGUCGGUCGGUCGGUCGGUAACCUCCCCCCGCCCAACCUCCUCUCGAUUGGCCCGUCUCUGUCCGUUCCCAUUGUGACUGCGGACUGAUCCACCGGUGGGCACUUGAUCAUCUUCAUCGCAUCUUCAUAGGCCCGUGAGGCUGGGUGCGCCAUGGUCUUGACCCUGGAAGUGGACGCUAAACGCGUCAAGCGCCUCGAAAAAUUCAUGAGUGACCCCGCCUACAAAGACUACCUGGAGCAAGCCACGGCCUUUAACCGCAAACUCAACGAGGAGCGCAAGAUGCGCAUUCCCUACAUCGAUGGCCAAACGGGCGUGGCUCAGCGGCACUACCACAACCAGCCACACGCCCGCCAGCGCAUGCCACCCACCUCCGCUCGCCGUCCCGGUCAAGUCCUGGCUUACCCGCAAAAGCCUUGGCGUAAACGCUCCUACCAGUAUCUCAAAUUCUUCUUAGCUCCCCGUCGGGGCGGACCCCUGGGCGCGUUGGCGGGCGGACCCGCGGCCGGUGGCCUGGCCGGCGGCUUGGAGGCCAGCGGUCUACCCGGCGCCGGGUUGGGCCUGCCGGGUGGUGUCAGUGGCGGCCCGGGCUUCGAUCCCGACGCCGAAAUGCACACCAUCAGUCAGAUCGAGAACCCCACGCUCAACGACGAAUCCAAUCACUCCUCGGUCGGUAAAUCCAUGGGCGGGGCCGACGACCAUGCCAAACCGGAAUGGUAUUACGAGGAUGAUUUCGAAGGUGAAGGCCCCGAGGAUUUCAACUCGGAUUCGGACUUUGAAUACGAAGACUAUGGCAGCAAGAAGAAGAAAGGCAAGGGCAAAGCCAAAGGCAAGAGUGCUUCCUCGUCUUCGUCAUCCAUGGGAAACUCAGGGGUGUCGAAAGGUGGGACCCCUUCCAAACGCAGGACCCACGCCGAUAACAUCCCCGAUUCUGAGAAGCCGUUCUCGUGCGAACUGUGUGGGGCUCGUUAUAAGACCCGACCUGGUCUGACGUACCAUUACAAAAAUUCACACAAAGAUUUUGAUCGAAGCACGCUGAAUAUUCAGCCGAAUAACCUCGGCGGCGGGAGCGGUGGGACGUCGGGCUCAAGCGGGGGGAUGUCCUCGCAUUCCAACCAUGCCCCCCACCACCACAAUACCAACAGCAACAGCAGCACUGGUAGCAACAGCAACCAUCAUCAUCCUCUGCAACAACAGUCCCACGCUCCUCCUCAUGUUUCCUCUCAUGCUCCCUCGCACCAUCAUCUCCAGCAGCAGCAACAGCAUCAACAACACUCUGCCAUGAUGAUGGAUGACAAUGCCAUGCACCAUGGCGACCAGCCCGGCCCCGCCCCCACUUUCACCACGCUCGGAGCGCCCGUCCCAUCCAUGUCUGCGGGCAACAGCCUCAGUGGCAUGGGCUCUCUGGAGCGGGCGAGUAAUAGCUCGCUGACGCCCCCUUCAACCCCUGGGGGUGCAGGCGGUGGGGUUCCCGGGGGACAGCACGAUCAGUCGUCGAUGGAUGGAUCAGGUCCCAGCCGAGGCGGAUCUGCUCGAAAAGCAGCCACCGUGGCAGCCGCUGCCUUUCGCGAGACCAGCAACGACAUGUACUCAGGUGGUUCUAUGACCACGGUUCAGACGCCCCCAGAUCACAUGGCAGCGCAUCGUAACAACAAGACCAUGAGUGGCAAGGACCGGGCCCCUUCCCUAGGGUAUUGUGACUUUUGCUUGGGCGAUGCCACCGAGAACAAGAAGACCACACAGCCCGAAGAAUUGGUCUCUUGCGCCGAGUGCGGAAGAUCAGGUCACCCGACUUGCCUCCAAUUCUCGCCCAAUAUGUUGGUGUCGGUGAAGGAGUACCCUUGGCAAUGCAUCGAGUGCAAGUGCUGCACGUUGUGCGGCACCUCCGAGAACGACGAUCAACUCCUGUUCUGCGACGAUUGCGAUCGUGGUUACCAUAUGUACUGUCUCAUUCCACCCAUCAAGGAACCUCCCGAAGGAUCUUGGUCGUGCAAGCUCUGUUUAGAACGUUUCCACCGGAAAUGAGUUCUAUGACGAAGCCCCGUGAUCCUGGGAUCACAAUGGUGUACUGUAUAUUGUUCAGUGAAAGGGACGAGCUUGGAUUAUUUGUCAAUAAAUUGUUCCGAAUGUUU